ACGAUGUAAUGCUCGCCCCAGAUGCUUGGUACACCAUGUGUGCCAGUGUUCUGUCUGUCUACCCAGAUGGAGAGUCGGUGCACGCCAGUUGACGUGUCGUAGUCCGGACUGGAACCCAAUCCUCCUCUCACAUGACCGAUGAAAUGCCUCAGUUCCCGUCCUCUAUGUCGCCAGUUCUACAUCUAGUCACUAUGUCCUGUGAGAGCUGUCCCGAAGCGCACAAUUCCCCACCAGUUGUUCCUCCCUUCAUGGAUCUACUGGAGACCGGUCUACACCACUAUGGGCCCUGAGGUC